ACCCUCAUUUGGGUCCAAACUUUCUCACCCAAAUUACAAGAAUCAGCCAGAAUCGUUGCCGGGCAUGCUUGCGUCAAAGCCCCACGCAGGAACAUCACAGUGUGUGCUGCCACUGCAACAGAAAGCGUAGGUGGGUCUGUGAGGACAGUGAACUCAUCAUCAUCCAGUACUUCAUUCUCAUUCUCAUUGACAACCGUUGCUAGGAGAACGUUCUACCAACUGCUCCGGGUGAAGGAAACCGCCUCACAAACCGAGAUCAAAGCAGCAUACCGUAGUUUGGCAAAGCAGUACCAUCCGGACGCCGUCCAUUCAUCCUCCGAUCCCGAUGCUCGGGGUUUCAUAGAGAUUCACAAUGCUUAUGCAACAUUAUCCGAUCCUGUGGCUCGGGCUCACUACGAUUUGUCAAUAGCUGCUACUAGUGCUGCUGCACCUGCACGUCCAUAUAGGUACGCGGCAGGAUUCCCUAGUCCCACUAGAAGGUGGGAAAGUGAUCAGUGUUGGUAGAAUUACUACUUGUUUUGUAUGAAAGAAACUGCAAUUGAACACCGAUCUCGUGCUUUUUCAUCAUUUCCAACUAAUUCCCCAUUGCUGCGUACGUCUUCAGGAUGGCUGUUUAUUUCAUUGUUGUGGCAUUACUAAUAGAUAAACCUUGACACCCACUUCGGAAAGCUAAUAACAUCUGCCCCACAUCCACUCAUCCAGGCACAAUUUGCCAGCAAAUUGAAAACAGGCUUUCGCCGAAAGUUCAAGGUUAGAACAAGAGGAAAAAAGUAAAAAAAAACCACCACCAAGAAGAGAACAGAAAAAAUGUGCAGUUUCUGAUCAAAAGAGCAAAAGAAAGCUGCAAAGAUCUAUUUCACACAGGUAAUCAAGAUACCAUCUCAUUAAAGAAGCUAUACUUUCUAUCCGGGGCGUUUCUGUACAACCCAAUGUUUCCACUUACAACUUUGCAAUGAUUAUAGAGACAAGGUCAGGAGAAUCAUUUAGAGCUCAUUAACACAGAGUUGAUGACAUGCAUAAGAAGGCGGAUGCUGCUUGCUUCUGAAGCAGAGGUGGUUGGUAGGUUCCGACGAUGACCCAGUAUCUGGUAUACCUGCUCAAAAAUGGGAUGCGCAUGCACUGUAAUCGCUGGAUCUGCUGGGUUUAUGCUAAGAGCUAUAUCUGUCAUCCAUGUUAGUUUUUUGGGUGUUUCGUUGCCAAUAUCAUAAGACAGUUGUUGGAGAAGAGCUAGCAGAACUCCUUGGCUCAAAGGGAGUGGCACCGUUGACAAAAUUCUUUGUAAAUCAACCUGGUGGAAGUGGUACAAAUAUUAAGAGAACUGGGUAUUAAAAGCCAGUAAUGAAGUGUACUCAAUCCUAGAAAUUUAAAUAAAUUUCCCGAUAUUUCCCU